AUGUCAUCUACAACUCCCACUUCAGCUUCACCUGAAGAAAUCCUGCUGGCACUGAGAUCACAUCUCCUUCCUCAUCCAGUAUUGUCACAUCUACCUACAACCCUAAACCUCCUAGCUCAUAUCCAAUUACUCUCCUUACAAAUCAGUAUCGAGUGUGUCAGAGCCUUGACUUCACACGCUAGGUUGGUGAAGAAACUCAGGAGAGAAGGAUAUAGCGACAGGGAACAAGUUGUGAGAGGAGUGUUGAGCGAAAGGGAGGGAUAUGAUAUAUCAGAAAUCCAAAAGCUGAGAGAAGAAGCGAAUCAUAGAAUGUUGGCUUUUUCUUUGGAAUUUCGAAAACAUCACAUAGCAACAUUGUUGGCAUUACCCAAACUUCCCCCUGGUCAGAUAAAUGGAUUAGUCAAUGCUUAUUUCCCAAGUGAUUUGACAAUAUCAGAUAUGACGAGCCAUCCUGCAUUAUACAUUCGAUGUAUGUCGCCAAAUCAGAUAUCACUACUGGACCAUUAUGGCAAGAUAGUCAGAGGAUGGUACAAAAGGAAGGAAGAUUCGUACAGGGGACGACAGCCACCUCUAUCAUAUUCUGACUUCUAUCCUGAUGACCAAGAUAAUGGAAAAGCUAAACAAGAUAGUCUAUGCAAGAAUUUGCUGAAGGAAGCUGAAAAAGUAUUGGAAGAUAUAGCAACGCUGGAAGAGAUAUUCGCACCCAAUGCACAGGAGAUCCUAGGUGAUGAUACUUCGGUGAAAGAAGAAGUGGAAUUGCUGAAGCCUGUCCAAGCUGAACGCGAAAAAGGUAAAGAGGUGGAUUACCGCGAGAAGAUGUACAGUCAAGUGGCUGUGGCUUCUCCUGGUCGACCGAAGAUACCAAUUUCUGAAAAGCUUAUAUCAUCAAUCAAACCAUCUGUACUGCCAAAACCCACACAGCCAGGUAAUUUUAAUCAUGUUCCACCAAGCACUUCCACACCUUCAAACCUUUCGAAGUUACCACCCCACUCGUCAAAUCUAAUGAAGAGCAAGUCUUCUUCAAGCCUCAAAGACUCUCGUCGAGUUACUAUAUCUUCAGGACAGGCGUCACAAGUUCCCCGGAGUGAGACAAUAGAAUUGGGUGCUGGUUCAUCGAAUCCUUCCCAGUCGGCUAUCUCUAUACCCCCAUGGGCUUCACAAGCCACCGCAUCAAUCAACCGACGACAAACACUCUCGUCGGUCGUACAAUACACGUCGACCCCUUCAUCCCUGCGAAAGAAAAGACCUCGGCAAUCGUUCCCUUCCACAGGACCAGAAUACACUACUCCUUUGAAACAUGAUACUGUGAGAAGGGAGAAAUUGAGGCCGUUUGAAAAUUCAGAAUUACAUAGAGGGAAGAGAGCUAGAAUGGAGGGAGGGUCAAUGGAUUGA